AAAGAAAGAGACAGACAUUUCUCUCUGUAGCUUACUGAACUCACAAAUCUCCUCCCCCCUUCCUUUUUUUGUGUUUUCUCAGUUAAAAGAAAAGAAAAUGAAAACUGAAAAAGCGUGAUUGUGGAGCGCUAUCUGCCGAGAACCGAAACUCCCGCGCUCUGCAUAGAGAUUCUCAAUUCCCCAAUGGAUUGUAUUUAAGAUCUUUCUCUCUCCUCUCUCUCUCUCUCUCUCUCUCUCUCUCUCCCAAUGUUUUCAUAUUUUUCACUUCAAAUCGUCUCUUUCUCUCUCGCUGCUUCGCUCUCUCAGCUUCUGUUUUGGUUUCUAGCCUGGCUCUCUCUUUCUCUCACACUCUGACUCGAUUCAUUUAUUCUCUCCUUUUAACGUUUUCUUAUCGUAGAUUUAUCCUUCUUUCUUUUCUCUCUCGCCGGCCGACAUCCUCAGAUCCGUACAGGGAACAAUACACCAUCCAAUGCUUGGACUUUGACUGAUCGCCAUCCAAUAGUCGUAAUGGGGCAGUGCUAUGGCAAGAACAUUCCCGUCGUCGAAGACGGCGCCUCUGCUCCUCACGAUCGCCCACAAACACCAUCCACCUCUACAGUCGGCAACGGCACUGCCACUGUUCCUUCUGUUAAGAACACACCUGCUCACUCCUCCACCAGCCCUUGGCCUAGUCCUUACCCUUAUGGUACUAGUCCUCUCCCUGUCGGAGUAUCUCCUUCACCGGCCAGGUCCACUCCUCGGAGAUUCUUCCGUCGCCCGUUCCCUCCACCUUCCCCUGCCAAGCAUAUCAAGGCGACUCUCGCAAAGCGUCUGGGCCCGCCAAGGCCCAAGGAAGGCCCGAUUCCGGAGCACGGGACGGACGUUGAACGCCCACUCGAUAAGAGCUUCGGUUACGGGAAGAAUUUCGGUGCCAAGUACGAAUUGGGAAAAGAGGUAGGCCGGGGCCAUUUCGGGCAUACGUGCUCGGCCAAGGGCAAAAAGGGAGAGCUGAAGGGUCAGUUGGUGGCAGUGAAGAUCAUCUCCAAAGCAAAGAUGACAACACCAAUAUCAAUUGAAGAUGUUCGUAGGGAAGUGAAAAUCUUGAAAGGCUUAUCUGGGCAUAGGAAUCUGCUCAAAUUUCAUGAUGCAUGUGAAGAUGCCAAUAAUGUCUACAUAAUUAUGGAAUUGUGUGAAGGUGGAGAGCUGCUUGACAGAAUUCUUUCUAGAGGUGGAAGAUACACAGAGGUUGAUGCAAAGGUUAUCAUUGUUCAAAUUUUAAGUGUUGUUGCCUUUUGUCAUCUUCAAGGUGUUGUGCACCGUGAUUUAAAACCAGAGAAUUUUCUUUUUACCAGUAGAGAUGAUGACACUACAUUGAAGCUUAUUGAUUUUGGUCUUUCUGAUUUUAUCAGACCAGAUGAAAGACUCAAUGAUAUUGUUGGCAGUGCAUUUUAUGUUGCACCUGAAGUUCUUCAUAGAUCAUAUAGCCUGGAAGCAGAUAUUUGGAGCAUUGGUGUCAUAACAUAUAUCUUGUUAUGUGGAAGUAGGCCUUUCUGGGCACGAACGGAAUCAGGAGUUUUUCGUUCUGUUCUGAGAGCUGAUCCUAAUUUUGAUGAAUCGCCAUGGCCUACAGUAUCGCCAGAAGCUAAAGAUUUUGUGAAAAGGCUUCUUAAUAAGGAUCACAGGAAAAGAAUGACUGCUGCACAAGCCUUGACUCAUCCAUGGUUGCGAGAUGAAAACCAUCCUAUUCCAUUAGAUAUAUUGGUCUAUAAGUUARUCAAGUCAUACUUUCGUUCAACACCUCUUAAACGUGCAGCGUUAAAGGCGCUAUCAAAAGCUUUAACAGAGGAUGAGCUCAUAUAUCUUAGGGCUCAGUAUCAGCUACUGGAGCCAAGUCAAGAUGGACAUGUCUCUCUCGAGAACUUCAGAGUGGCUCUCAUGCGAAAUGUAACUGAUGCCAUGAGGGAAUCAAGGGUUCCUGACAUUUUAAAUGUGAUGGAACCACCUUCUUAUGGAAAGAUGGACUUCGAAGAAUUCUGCGCAGCAGCAAUCAGCAUAUACCAGCUGGAAGCUCUUGAAGGGUGGGAACAGAUUGCAAGUACGGCUUUUCAGUACUUUGAACAGGAGGGAAACCGAAUUAUCUCAGUUGAGGAAUUGGCAGGGGAAAUGAAUCUGGGUCCUACGGCUUAUUCCAUACUCCGCGACUGGAUCAGAAGGGAAGAUGGGAAGCUUAAUUUCCUUGGGUAUACUAAAUUUUUGCAUGGUGUGACAAUUCGUAGCUCAAAUACAAGACAUUAGUAAUUUUUUUAAGUGGCAUGUCAUUGUUUUUUAAAGUUCAUGGCGUUGAAAGGUUUGCGGGUUUUUUGAU